AUGGCUUAUGCUGAUGAUGACGAGUCACUUGCCGAGGCUGAGGAAGAUGAGUCUCUCCCAGACCGGGAUCAGGAUCUGAAACCUCGUUUUCAUACAUCACGAUUUCAUGGAUCGGAUAGUGUAGAAGAUGAUGAUGAUGACAUAGUGAAUGUGUGGAAUUUAAGGAAAUGCAGUGCAGCUGCUCUUGAUAUUCUCUCAAAUGUGUUUGGAGAUGAGAUUCUUCCAACAUUGAUGCCUGUUGUUCAGGCUAAGUUGGCUGCUAGUGGUGAUGAAUCCUGGAAAGACAGAGAAGCAGCUGUUUUGGCUCUUGGUGCUGUUGCUGAGGGUUGCAUUAAUGGCCUUUAUCCUCAUUUGUCUCAGAUUGUGGAAUUUCUCAUUCCUCUAUUAGACGACAAGUUCCCCCUCAUACGGAGCAUUUCCUGUUGGACAGUUUCCCGAUUCAGCAAAUACAUUGUUCAGGAAAAUGGCCAUCAGAAAGGCUACGAACAAUUUGACAAAGUUCUGAUGGGUCUUCUACGAAGAAUAUUGGAUACAAACAAGCGUGUGCAAGAGGCUGCUUGUUCUGCUUUUGCGACACUAGAAGAGGAGGCUGCUGAAGACUUGGCACCACGUUUAGAGAUUAUUUUGCAGCACCUCAUGUGUGCUUUUGGGAAAUAUCAGCUUAUGGUUACUGUUAGACUUCCUUUCAUUUACAUGUAUUAUUUGAUCCAGAGACGGAAUCUUAGAAUUGUAUAUGAUGCUAUUGGAACUCUAGCUGAUGCCGUUGGAGCAGAACUGAAUCAGCCUGCUUAUCUUGAAAUCUUGAUGCCCCCAUUAAUUGCAAAGUGGCAGCAGCUUUCAAAUGCAGACAAAGAUCUCUUUCCCCUGCUGGAGUGUUUUACAUCCCUAGCACAGGCAUUGGGUACAGGAUUCUCUCAAUUUGCUGAGCCUGUAUUUCAGAGGUGCAUAGCCAUAAUCCAGGGCCAACAGUCAGCAAAGGUUGAUCCUGUUACAGCUGGGUUUCCGUAUGAUAAAGAAUUCAUUGUCUGCUCUCUAGAUCUUCUCUCUGGACUUGCCGAGGGUCUUGGUAGUGGGAUAGAAAGUUUGGUUUCACAAAGUAAUUUGAGGGACCUGCUUCUGCAAUGUUGCAUGGAUGAUGCUUAUGAUGUUCGACAAAGUGCUUUUGCACUCCUUGGGGACCUUGGAAAAGUAUGUGCUGUUCAUUUGCGCCCCCGAUUGCCCGAAUUUCUCGAUGUUGCAGCCAAACAACUGAACACUCCUAAGUUGAAGGAAACCAUUUCAGUAGCAAAUAAUGCAUGUUGGGCUAUUGGAGAAUUAGCAGUUAAGGUUCGUCAAGAAAUCUCUCCUAUUGUUAUGACUGUCAUGUCAUGCUUGGUUCCAAUUCUUCAACAUUCAGAGGAACUGAACAACAAGUCACUUGUAGAAAAUAGUGCAAUCACACUUGGGAGGCUUGCAUGGGUUUGUCCUGAUCUUGUAUCACCACAUAUGGAGCAUUUCAUGCAAUCAUGGUGCAUUGCUUUGUCCAUGAUACAUGAUGAUAUUGAGAAGGAGGAUGCCUUCCGAGGUCUUUGUGCAAUGGUCAGAGCAAAUCCUUCUGGAGCUGUAAGUUCACUUGUUUUCAUGUGCAAAGCGAUUGCAAGUUGGCAUGAAAUAAGAAGUGAAGAGCUACACAAUGAAGUUUGCCAGGUGUUGCAUGGUUAUAAACAGAUGCUCAGGAAUGGAGCAUGGGACCAGUACAUGUCUGCUCUAGAGCCCCCAGUGAAGGAGAAGCUGUUAAAAUAUCAAGUAACCUUGAACAGAUUGGUUGCGUCCAGACAGUUUUUGGUUUUAGAAAAACAAUCAACUGGGGUAUGGGAAUGGUGUAAAGCGGUUCAGUGUUCUAAGCUUUUAGAUAGUGUUUUCAGAUGGAUUCAGAUCAAUGGUAAUAAUGCAUUCUGUAGAGGAGAAGAUAGGGGUUCAAAUGCAAACGGAAGCCGUUGCCAAGUACAAGAUACUUUUGCACAUUCAAUUCAGAAGCCUAAUUUUUACACGGAUGAAAUGCUCAAUUCAUGCCAUGGAGAAGAGAGUUUUUCGCUUACUGUCUCAGCAGGGAACAGACUUGCAAGUGCAAAAAUGGAGAUUGGCCAGGGGUGA